AUGAAUUUGCUGGUGAUUAUUUCCGUCCUAUGCUGCUCCCAGUUCGGGGCGAGCUAUGUGAUCGUGGAUCGUGACCGUGAUUCAUCCAACACCGAUCCACAGCUCAUUGGAUUAGGAUCGUACGCUGAUCAUGGUGUGCCACCAGCACACUCUCCUGCCGGGACCCUUUCGAACGCACCGAUCGAUCCGUACGCGAAGAAGCUGCUGCAACUGUACUAUCUGGUGCAGGUGAUGCGGUCCUACCAUCGCCCGGCCUACCAGGAGCCUACGACCAUCCUGAGCAACCUGAUCGACCGGCUCACGAAGGAAGAUCUGCGCGACGAGCUGGAACGGCUGCUGUCCGGUGUCGACGGGUUCGAGGAGGUGUUUAACAUUGGCGAGUAUGCGGCCCGGGAUCCGAUCAAGGAGCAGCUGGCAAACGAUUUCCGCCUGCUGUUUCCGCUCGUCGUUAAAACGCUGACCGGGUUGCGCGAGACCGGCCACAUGACUAACGACGUGACGGCGAUGGAGGACACGCUGCAGGGUAAGCUGCGGGACGCGUUCAACGAUUUUCGCGGCCUGCUGGUGCGCGUCGUGCAGUCGGAAAGUGAAGUGUUGAACGAGAUUGAAGAGCUGCAGGAGACAACGUACAGCAAGCCGAGCGGUAACGAUGUGAACUGGAAUGUGGACGAGAAGCGAACGGAAGCCGUACCGAGCGCGGUGGAAAUCGUGUACGUGACAGAGCAGCCGGUCGCCUCGGAUAAGGCUGUGGUGAAUGAUUACGAUUUAGAGGUGGAGCCGGCGGUGGCGAGUACGGAACGCGCGAGAGUGGAGCUGAAGACCGAUCCAGCAAUUGAUAUUCGUAUGCAGAAUGGAAACGAUCUUGCAUUUCUACCGGAUGGGGGCUCUGUUAAGUAUGAGCUUAGCUCGGGACCGAAUCUGCUGUCGCAGGAGCCUGAUUCGGACGAGGAUGAGGACGACGAAACGGAGGUGAUCAUACUAACGGAGGACGCCAACAUGCAGCACACCGCGAACGGGAACGAUAAAGGUAGCAGCAGCAGCCCGAUGGCCGUGAUGGUAAAGGACCCGGAAAUGGCCGCCCUGAUACCGCACAUCGUCGAGCAACUGCGCCUGGAGAACGUUACGCCCGAGGAAAGGGAUGCGCUGGCGGAAAUUUUCGACGACCUGUGGCCCUUGAUGGUGGCGGAGGCAGAUCGUUUGCGCACGGAACCGUAGGCCGUACAGCAGUACCGUUUACUGCUGUUUUGCCUCGGUCGGAAUCCUUUUUUCGCUUUGUGUUUUUUCUUCCCGCAAUGGCAUCAAAAGAAGUCGUUUACCUGCCAGCGUAUGCAGCAUUCGUUUCCGUCCGCCAUCGAUCCAGUGCCAGUUGCUGCUGUGAGGUGGAAGAGAAAGGAUCGUUGCAUUGUUUUAAGCUGAAAAGAAAAUGAAAGUACUGCUGGGCGCAUUGUUCUGCACGGUUCUGAUGGUGUUAACCGGAAGCCGGCCAUUGUUUGCACGAAAAUUGUCCCUUGAUUGGGUCCGAACGCCCUGGACGGAUGCUUCCUACCGCGAGCGGCUGCAGAGCUGGGGCCUUUAUCCGAAAGUGUUCCGGUACGGCACAACGAACCAUCAUGCGGCGAUCAUGGAGCGUAAACGUGCGGAGCUAAGCUGGCUGAAGCGAUUGGUGCGUGAGGAUGAGCGAAUGGGAGGCAACGACGUGCAGCAGGCGAGCCUGGUAUCAGACGAAAGCAUGGAGCGCGAUCGUCAGUAUGACAAAUUUAAGGACAAACUCUUGCAGAAGAUGGAACAGGAUGCGCUGGCAGUGUUGUGGCAGUAUCGUUGAGCCGUGCUUCUCGGCUGAUAGACAUUGUACAAAGGAAAUGAAUGGGGAGCUAUGUGUGUAGUUCUAAUUGGAAUGAAUAAUUUAAUUAGUAAAUACGAUGCUUUAAAGGUGUG